AUGCCGCGCGUGCCGCUCAUUUCGCUGCUGCUGCUGCUGUCCGCGACCGCACGGGCGGCGGAGGUCUUCGUCAUCGCAGACACUACCAACGAGACGCGUGCCAUUGCGCAGUCUCUCAACGAGAGCGUCGCAGAGGCGACCGACGAUGCACUAAAAGUUAACGACACGCUCUCGGACAGCGACCACGAGCCGGUGGUCCGGAAGAAGCGAACUUUCGGUGAUAUCGUAUUCCGCGGUCUCGCCGACGUGCUCGGCUACAAAGUCGCACGCAAGCCACCACAAGCUUUCGAAUUUCCGCCGCCGGUCGCCCCCGUACCGGGAAUCGACUCGCCGUUGCAGGCCGGUCCGGCUCCGGCCCCUCCGGCUCCGGCCGCUCCUGCAGCACCACCCUGCGGCGCCCCGCGCGCUGCUGCUCCACCGCCCUGCAGAGCCCGUCGCCCUCCACCGCCUCCAACUCCCCCGCCUUGUGCGAAACCGCGAGCCAAUCCUCCUAAACCUAAGCCAACGAAACCUCCAGCGCCUCGACCGCCUCCUCCUUGUGGAGCUCCACGCGCUAACCCCACCACCGCUGCACCGUGCGCUCCUGCACCACCACCGAAAGCGGACUCAAAUUUGGAAACAAUAAACACAAACUUCCGCUUGAAUCUUAACUUUAAUCGCGGUGUCGCCGCGCCGACCGCGACGGCCGCCGAAGACGAAACCGUUGCGGACUACGACGCGCCACUCGAGCGAGCCCCCAUCGACCCUAUCGCGAUCCAGCCUCGGGCGGCUAAGCUGCCUCCUCCUGCGCCUCGCAAUUCGCGGGUUUACAUCGACGCCUUCGUACUUCGAGACGGAAUCGCGCAAAAAGUCAACACAGUCGACGCUCUAAAUUUCAAAAGAGACCCGGUCGCCCACGACGAUUAUUUGUUUUACGAGGACGAGGAGCCCCAAACGCAAAGAGGGCGGCAAGACUACGACGACGACUACGAGGACGUCGAGGACCCGAGAGCUCGGUCGGGCGCCCUUCGCAAAGUAGGAACAGCCGUCGAUCAGUUUUGGUCUCAGAAACAAAAACCAAAUCAGAAAUUGCCGCUUAACGACUAUAGAAACGUGCAUUUUGGCGACCGCGAACUGACAAAUCAAAUACGCCGUCGGAACGACGACGGUCAACAAGGCUUACAAAGCGACCGAAAAAACCCGAAACGCAUUCCUCAAAAUCAAGCGAACGACUCGGACGGUGAAGAGGAAAGCGAGGUGACGACCACGACUCAGGAUCCGAGACGCAAGCUAAAACCACGCGUACUCCCGCCGACGGAACAUAAUCCUAAUCAAAUCGACACGGUGACCGUGAGAGUUCCCCCGAUCUACAAAGAGAAACGCCCUAAGAAGCUCCACCGAGAGACACCGGAGGCGCCCGAUCGCGACGAGGAGGCGGAAGGACCCCCUCGAGCGUACGAAGACGACGAAUCCGAUGCCGAGAGUGAGCAGAGUUCACAAGUCGAAAGGACUGAGGCGCCCAAACGAAAGCGACGCCGAAAGAAGAGUAGACGGGCGCGAGCGACGUCCGGCGAGUCGUACACUGCCGGAGACUACGAUUACUACGGCAACAAAUUGCCCGUCUCCGAGGAGGAAGAGCGUUACGGCGAGCUGACCGUUCCGCCGCCGACCAAAGACGCGGACGUGGCGCGCCUCGAGGACGCCGGGGACGAGGGCCACUUCCUCGACGAUCACGAAAGAUUACAAGAGGACCCGGAGCGGAUCAGAGACAGCAAGUCGUCGAAAGAAAAGGACUCCGGAGAUAGGGAUCGCACCGGGGAGGGAGAACGUUCGGACGACAGCGAGAGAAGCGAAGAAGAGACCGAGCGCGCCGACGAGCAAGAGAAGACGGACACGUUGAGCCCCAACGCACGCGUCCGCGAGUCCGGCUACCAGAACAAGUAUGUGCGCGCGCACAACGUGCAGGUGGACGCGCCGCGGCCACACGUGGCCGUCGUCAGAAGCAAGAACACCGUACUCCGAAAGCCCUGA